AUGGUUGGGGGCAUUGUAGAGAUAGGUGGGUAUGCUACUAAAUGUGUAUCAGUUCAUUCUCAGUUUGAUGUUGGUGUUUAUAUUACUUCUGUUGUUUUAAUUUUAAUUGCACCAACAUUAAUCGCAGCUUCAAUUUAUCAACUUUUUGGUAGAAUGUUAUUUUUUUUGGAUUGUUCUGGGAUGACUAUUGUUCCAACUAGAUAUCAUACUGUAGUAUUUGUCAUGGGGGAUGUUAUUAGUUUUUGGAUGCAAGCUGCUGGUGGUGGUAUGAUGGUGCAAUCUGAUUUGUCUAAGAUCGGUGAAGGCAUAGCUGCUGCUGGGUUAUUUUUACAAAUUAUGUCUUUUGGUAUUUUCAUUUUAACAGUGAUAAAAUUUAUGAGAAAUGCAAAAGUUAAAUCUCACUUAUCAAGAGAACUACGUUCAGCAUNNNGACAUAUAUUCAAUUUGAAUAUAUUUAUUUGUAGUUUAUUAAUCUUUGUUAGAUCAAUAUUCAAAGUUUCCGAAUUUUUGGAUGGUUGGAAUGGUUAUUUGCAAAACUGUGAAGUAUUUUUAUUUGUUUUUGAUGCAAUGUUAAUGUUUUGGGUUCUUUUAUUUUUUUCUCUAACUAUUCCACAGUAUAAUAUAUUUAGGUUGUAUAAUGCUAGGUCUGGUAUUAAGAUGCAAGGUGAAAUUGUUCAAUAUAAUGAUUCCAAGUUCGACACUAACGAUGAUUUUAACAAUUCAAAACAAAAUUUAAAUAUUGAUUUAGAAAACAAUUAUGAAAGAACUAAAGAAAAUGAUGGAAGCUAUGAAAAUAGUUUACAAGAAGUAAUUAGAAUAAUUUAUUAA